GAAGAGUCAGUUCACGGCAAAAAGUUCACGGCCUUCGUCUGAGCCAGUUCCAGUUCGCAUCGACAGCAGCAAUUCAAGUUACGUAGGCGCGUAAGAUAUGUUCUUAUCCAAAAAUGAUUCAGUGGAUCAGGACCCAUCCGAUUUGGUCAACGCUCAUCAUUGGCGUCGGUACCAUUGCCGCCUCCGAGGUGCUCUGGUAUUUCUACAAUUGUGUACACGACCGGCUGAAAUGGCAGCAGGCUCAGGUCCACGAAGUGCACAUGUUCAACGAGCUGGGCUUUGAGUGUUUCCAGGAGCAUCGGGCGCACAGCCAAUGGGGUAAAUUUUUCACAUGUGCAAACACGCACUGCACCCAGCGCCACAUCGAGCGAAUUAUCGAACUGCUGGCACGUGCUAAAUUCAGCAUUGACCUGGCCAUGUAUUCGUUGAGCUCGCCGGAGAUUCUGCUUGCCCUGGGCAAGGCACUGCAGCGCAAUGUGGCGGUACGCCUCAUUGUUAACCAUCCCGUGGCGACACCGAUCAAUGCCUACAUUUUCAAUUUGAUGCGCGCCGGCCUUAUGGCCCGCAGCCAGCCAUUUGUUGGCUUCAUGCAUCACAAAUUCUGUGUGAUCGACGGACGCACUCGGGUCGAUCACAUUUGGAGCCUGAAGCGACGCUCGUAUGGUCCACCGGCCACGUACAGCGUGGUCAUCAAUGGCUCCGUCAACUGGACACAGGGCGGCUUCGGCGCCAAUUGGGAAAAUCUGGUCAUCACCUCCCAUCAUCGGAUUGCCAGCGAAUUUCAGGCUGAAUUCGAUCGCAUGUGGGAGGCAUUUGACGGCACCGAUUAACCAAGCGAAUGCCCUU